CUCCGGCUGCCCUGGCUGCCUUCACUCUGGCCGUCUGGAUACCCUAUCUGCAGUUUAAUGAUGGUGAUCCUUCCAAUGGCACAUUUGCCAAAUACUGUAGCGUCUUUGUUCAUGUCAAAGGAUCAGGGCUAGGCAUCAUGAGGCAGAUGGUGACAGAUUUGACCCUCAGAGUCUGCGGCCAGACUGUCUACUCGGAGGGAUCGGUGGUAGGCUACGCUCUGCUGGGCAGCUCCUUGGUCAGCUGGUGGGUUGGACUGGUGCUCUGCACACUCUACAUCUGGUUCCUGGGCACGAAUCGCAUUGAGAGGACAAAAGAUCUGUUUGUGCGCAGCCUGUACGAGGCAGCGUUCAUUGACCAGUCUAUGCUGCUCAACACCAGGUUUGAGGUGGUGCACCAACUAAGGCAUAACAGUAAAGAGAAGGAGAAGAUGACCAUCUACCUCUGCGCAACCAUGUGGCAUGAGACCUAUGACGAAAUGAUGAAGAUGAUCAUCUCGAUGUUCCGGCUGGAUAAAUUUAGACCGAAGAAAAACCAAUUCAGUGAUGUUGCCUUCGAGUCUCAUAUCUACUUCGACGAUGCCUUCAAGCAAAAAGAUGGCGAGCGGCACGUAAACGAGUAUGCAGAGACUCUGGCGGAGGUCAUCAGAGAGGUUUAUAUCAUAUUCAGUGACGAGGGCAAAGGCAGUUUCAGGGAGAGAAAACCUCUCCCUGAGCAGAAGCUCAUCCAGACGCCGUACGGCUGUCGCCUGCAGUACACGCUUCCCCAUGGGAACACGCUGAUUGUUCAUUUUAAGGAUAAGCACCGAAUUCGCCACAAAAAGAGAUGGUCUCAGAUUAUGUACCUGUACUACCUCCUGGGUUGGAGACUGAAUAGGCCACACUUUCAGAUGAAUGAGGAAGGGGAGGAGGAAUUGGCGAGCAUUGAAGAGCGCCUGAGGAAAGCCAAAGAGAACACCUACAUUCUGGCACUAGAUGGCGACACUGAUUUCCAGCCUUCUGCUGUCAUGCUCCUGGUGGACCGACUCAGGAUGUACCCGGAGGUGGGCGCCGCCUGUGGCAGGAUUCACCCCACUGGCACUGGGCCGAUGGUGUGGUAUCAGAAGUUCGAGUAUGCUGUCGGUCACUGGCUCCAGAAGACGGCGGAGCACGUGUUCGGGUGUGUGCUGUGCAGUCCCGGCUGCUUCAGCCUGUUCCGGGCUGCAGCGCUCAUGGAUGACAACGUGAUGAAGAGAUACACAACCAAACCGUCUGAGGCUGCACACUACGUACAGUAUGACCAGGGUGAGGACCGCUGGCUGUGCACGCUGCUCCUGCAGCAGGGCUGGAGAGUGGAGUACAACGCGGCGUCGGACUCCUACACCAACGCUCCUCAGGAGUUCAAGGAGUUCUACAACCAGAGACGCCGCUGGGGUCCCUCUACCAUGGCCAACACUCUGGAUCUCCUGUCCAGUGGCGGCCUGACUGCCGAGAAGAACAAGUCCAUAUCCAGACUCUACAUGCUGUACCAGACCAUCACCAUGGCUGCCUCCAUUCUGGGCCCGGCUACGGUCUGCCUCAUGAUUGCAGGAAGCUUUAAAUUCGUCCUGAAGAUAGAUGCCAAUUUCGCCCUUGUGCUGGCCAUUGUUCCUCCUGUUAUCUACAUGAUCAUCUGCUUCUACCUGGGCCACACGAAAUCGGACACACAAAUCACCAUCGCCGCCAUCAUGAGCGUUAUCUACGCUUUUCUGAUGACUGCAACUCUGCUGUCUAUUAUAGGGGACAUGGUGAAUCAGGACACCUUUGUGACACCAAGUGGCUUGUUUUUCAUCGGCAUCACGGCCAUGUACGUCUUCACCGCUCUUCUUCAUCCUCACGAGUUCCACCUCAUCAUCUACGGCUUCCUCUACGUCAUCUGCAUUCCCAGCGGCUACCUCCUGCUGAUCAUCUACUCCAUGGUCAACAUGAACAACGUGUCCUGGGGCACUCGGGAGUCCGGCGCUCAGGCCGCCGCGGCGCCCGCCAAGACGAACCAGAAGAACGUCAAGUGCCAGAAGCUGCUGAAGGUCUGCGGCUACAGCCUGGAGAUUCAGGUCAGCGAAGAAGUGAAGGUGGUGAGCACUGUACCUCUGAACAACGUCUCGCAGGUCACAGGUGGAAGUGCCCCUGAAGCAGCUACUGAAGUGCCCACCCAGCAGGAAGAAAAAGGAACACCUGUCAUUACGAACUGCUUCAUCACACAGCUGAAGGAAAGCUCUGGUGAACUGCCCCUCAAGGAGGACUGUCUUAAUGAGGAGGAAGAACAGUUUUGGGAGGACCUGAUUAAGCAGUACCUGAAACCUCUAGAGAGUGACAAAGCAAAGGAGGAGAAAAUAAAAGUCGAACUGAAAGACCUGCGCAACAAGACAACAUUUGUGUUCUUCAUCUGUAACGCCUUGUGGCUCGUUGCAACCUUCUUCCUGCAAGCCAUUGGCAGCUCGGUGAGCAUUAACAUCCCGAAAGUCUUGAUCAAUGGAACCGUUGAUAAGAACGGGAGGAUCUUCAUUGAUCCCAUUGGCCUGAUGUUCCUCAUUGGCUUUGCAACCCUUCUGGUCGUCCAGUUUUUUGCUAUGCUGUGGCACAGAAUCCAAACUUUGAUCCACUUCAUUGCUUAUAAUGGGACUGAGGCUGUCGCUAACAGGAGAGCAAUGAGACAAAGUCAGGAAAUUCCUCUAGAUAUAAAUAACUUUCUGUAGAAAAAUCAUGGAUUGACUGAAAGCUGCUAAGUGGAUGUCCCAGAGGAGGAAAAACGUGACGGGGAACGUCUCUACGAUGCGGCAAACCUGACAUUUAUUGUAUUAAUCACUAAAUAGCUCUGAAUAAAUUAAGAUAGAAAGGAUUGUUACCAGUGUUUCACAACAGACACAUAACUUCA